CGAUCCGACUCUCGCAAUUCCCAUGGCCACAGGCCGUCCUGGAACAUCUCGCACAAGCUCGUCCCAAAGCGUGCAGCGCUCUGUUGAACGCAUCGAUGACCGCCAGGACCUCGGUACUGUUGUCAAACGCGGCGUCAGCCCAGCACCAGACCGUACAGCAGAAGUGGGUGCAGGCAGUGCGGCAGAUGAACGUCCCACGAGCAUCACCAUUCCGGCCACCAAGGCUUCGAGCACCGGAGACCUCAGAUCUGGUUUGGCCAGUCCAGUGAUUCCUGAUGGCGCUGUCCACAUCCAUGCCGAUAAUCCAGGUAGCAAGACACCCACACCUGCAGACAUUCCAAUCACCGUGCUUCGUGCUGGCGUUACCCACAAAGUCUUCAAGGUGCCCAAUCACCUGCUCACCAGCAAGGUCCCUUUCUUCAAGAAGUUGUUGUCGACCACGCCAUCUCCUACCGAUGAUCAGCUGACUUUUGAUGACCUUGAUGAGUUCGCAUUUGCACUCUUCGUCCGCUGGUUGUACGGCGGCAAACUCCAGGGUCCACACGACUUCCAUUCAGUCCAGCACUAUCUCUGUCUGUAUGUGAUUGGUCAANAAUGGGACGUCGAACCCCUUNGCAACGACAGUAAGUACAUGAUUCAGAGAGACGAGUAUGCGCCAGCUCACAUUGAACAGCCANUUGAUCUGGUCCGCUUGUACUACCACGAAAACAACAUGACGGCACCUACCUUCCGCCUCGAAUACAUAUACACCUUUACUCAGACGCCCAACCACAUGCGCAAGUUUUUGACUGAGACGGCUGCAUUCCGCGCACUCUGUGGCGAACCUGCAGCCAAGGGUGUCUUCUUGUCAGACUCGAUGAAGACACUAAUCGGCAAAGGUAGCGACUUCUCUGUUGAUUAUGCUCACUCUCUCAUCAAACUGGCCAAGGAUAACUUCCCCGAUCCCAGAAAGGGCUCCAAGUGUGAU